AAAUAUUUACUACGCGCCGGGAGGGACGGGAGAUGCGUGGCGAUGCACGCGUGCUAAGUCGGAUAGUCGAAUUGUUCAGCACUUGUCAUUUGGGUACAUGAGAUUAGUUCGCAGAUGAGAUCAGAUACAUAACGACACGAUAGAAAGAUUUACGUAGUGUCUUGGCGUUAGCCAUCGUAAUCCGAAUGUGAAUAAACAUCGGUGAACACUGGUGCUUCACGACGACGGUGACGACAAGAAUAGCGACGACUUGUCGCCAGACCGUAACAAGCAGAGUGGAGUAGUUUCUUUCGAGUGAGCAUAAAUGGCACUGCUAUUCACCAGCAUGUGGGACUCGACAUUGCUCCUGAAUACCCUAACCCCAAAGUUCUACGUCGCCCUCACCGGUACUUCGUCUCUCAUCUCUGGUCUAAUCCUCAUCUUCGAGUGGUGGUACUUUAGGAAGUAUGGCACCUCGUUUAUCGAACAAGUAUCACUGAACCACAUCUCGCCCUGGAUCGGCGGCGGUGACAGCAAUAAUGAUGGCAAUGGUACGAGCCUCAGUGGCUCUGGAGGCUCUUCGAGUCAUCAGAACGUGCCCGAAUGUAAAGUCUGGCGCAAUCCAAUUAAUCUUUUCAGAGGCGCAGAGUAUCAGAGGUUUUACUGGGCUACCAACAAAGAGCCUCUCACAUACUACGACAUGAAUUUAUCUGCACAGGAUCAUCAGACUUUCUUUACCUGUGAAGGAGACACUGGUAAAGCAGAGUAUGAGAUCAUGCAAACAGCUUGGAGAGAGCGCAAUCCAGUAGUGAGAAUACAAGCUGCGCAUAGCGCUCUUGAUCGUAAUCCUGAUUGUGCACCAGCUUAUAUUCUUCUUGCUGAGGAAGAAGCCACUACUAUCGUUGAGGCAGAGAAGAUUCUGAAACAAGCUCUGAAAGUGGCUGAGAACAAUUACAGAAAGUCACAGAAUACCCAACACCAGGGCUCGAUAGCCGAGGCAAUACACAGAAGAGAUACAAAUGUAUUAAUAUAUAUUAAAAGAAGACUAGCGAUGUGUGCGAGGAAAUUAGGGAAGCUUAAAGAGGCGGUGAAGAUGUUUCGCGAUCUCACAAAGGAGGUACCCCCGAUCAUGAAUGUAUUGAAUAUUCACGAGAACUUGAUCGAGACUUUAUUGGAGAUGCAAGCAUACGCGGACGUACAGGCCGUACUGGCAAAGUACGACGACAUCAGCCUGCCGAAAUCAGCGACCAUCUGCUACACGGCGGCGCUGCUAAAAGCACGGCUGGUAGCGGACAAGUUCUCGCCUGACAUUGCUAGCAAACGCGGUCUAACCACCGCCGAGAUGUCGGCGGUGGAAGCGAUCCAUCGAGCGGUAGAAUUUAAUCCCCAUGUACCCAAGUAUCUCUUGGAAAUGAAACCGCUCAUCCUUCCUCCCGAACACGUGCUGAAACGUGGCGACUCUGAGGCGAUUGCCUACGCGUUCUUCCAUCUGGCACACUGGAAACAGAUAGAGGGUGCCCUGAAUUUACUCCACUGUACGUGGGAGGGCACGUUCAGGAUGUUGCCCUAUCCACUCGAGCGUGGGCAUCUGUUCUACCCAUAUCCGACGUGUACCGAAUGCGCCGAUCGGGAACUUCUGCCAUCGUUCCACGACGUCAGUGUCUAUCCGAAGAAGGAAUUGCCCUUCUUCAUCCUCUUCACCGCCGGUCUAUGCUCAUUCACCGCACUGUUGGCUUUAUUGACUCAUCAGUAUCCAGACACCAUGGGCGUAGUUGCCCGUUCGAUGCUCGCCUGGUUCUCCCAUCCAUUUUACUAUCUUCUUGACAAGCUAGCUAUUUUGCCCUCUAACUUAUUGCAACAGCUCUCUAGAAUAUAAGGCUGUAUUUCCAUGAUCUCCAUUAACUUAAGACUUAUUGUGAUACUUAUAAUAUACUUAUUGCUUUAUUUUUACUGUCUUUGUAGGCGUAUAUCAGGUAUGUAUGUAAAUGUGUAAAAAUUUUAAUUUACAAUUUUAUUGUGACUGAUACCAUAAUGAUAUCUUGUAGCAACAAUUGUAUUUAUGUAUCGUUAGGUUUGAACUUACGGAACAAUGGUAAAUUAAUACCAAACAUUUUAGGCAAUAACGUUUUUGUUACAUUAUAUGUAUAACAUAUAAUUUUAAUGUAUUGUAUAAUAUAUAUUAUAAAUAUAUUAUACAAUAUAUAUAUUAUAUAUAAUAUAUAUACAUAAUAUAUGUACAUGUAUUAUAUAUUAUAUAAUUUGAUGAAUCAUUAAACAAUCGCUACAUCAUAAUUAUUGAUAUGCGAUUACACAAAUUUAUGCAAAAUGACAGUUGGGUGCUAAAUAAAUUCUCUUUGUUUUAUCGCA